GAACAGAAGGAGGGGGGGCUAGGGUUCCAGAGACUUUGCCCUUGACCCGAAGGUAUAAAGAGGAGGGUCUCGGCUCCUCCUUAGGCUUCCCUGACUCACUGAAAAGGAGCUGAGACAGAUCCUCAAGGUACCCAGAUGAUGUCCUAUGGAGAGAGGCUGGGGGGCCCAGCUGUCUCCCCACUUCCGGUCCGUGGGGGCCAUGUAGUGCACGGGCCUGCCUUUGCCUAUGUGCCCAGCCCACAGGUCUUGCACAGGAUCCCGGGGACAUCGGCCUACGCCUUCCCCAGCCUGGGCCCCGUGACCCUCACGGAGCACAGCUGUCCCUGCGGAGAGGGUCUGGAGCACCAUGACCCCUUCCCAGCCAAGCUGGUCUUGGAAGAGGAGCAGAAGCCAGGUAGCACACAGGCCAGGGAGCCCAAGCUAGCCCAGAAACUACGCCAGGGUAUCGCCACCCUCAUCAAGGUACCGCUCAUGCUGGUCUUGCUCUACCUCUUUGUGUGCUCCCUGGAUGUGCUCAGCUCAGCCUUCCAGCUGGCUGGAGGGAAAGUGGCCGGAGACAUCUUUAAGGACAACGCCAUACUGUCUAACCCAGUGGCAGGCCUGGUGGUGGGCAUCCUGGUGACCGUGCUGGUGCAGAGCUCCAGCACCUCCACGUCCAUCAUCGUCAGCAUGGUCUCCUCUGGCUUGCUGGAGGUGAGCUCUGCCAUUCCCAUCAUCAUGGGCUCCAACAUCGGAACUUCCGUCACCAACACCAUCGUAGCCCUGAUGCAGGCGGGGGACAGGACUGACUUCCGGCGGGCCUUCGCGGGGGCCACAGUGCACGACUGCUUUAAUUGGCUGUCCGUUCUGGUUCUGCUGCCCCUGGAGGCGGCCACCAGCUAUCUGGACCACAUCACUGGGCUGGUGGUGGCCUCCUUCAACAUCCGAGGAGGCCAAGAUGCCCCGGACCUGCUGAAGAUCAUCACAGAGCCCUUCACAAAGCUGGUCAUCCAGCUGGACAAGUCCGUGAUCAACAGCAUUGCCACAGGGGACGAGUCUCUCAGGAACCACAGCCUCAUCCGCAUCUGGUGCUACCCAGACUCCAUCGAGGCGUCCAUGUCCAGGGUGGAAGCCAACUCCAGCCAGGCCCUCAGAAAUGUCACCAUGGAGAAAUGCAAACACAUCUUCGUGAACACUGGGCUGCCCGACCUGGCCGUGGGCCUCAUCCUGCUGGCUGGUUCUCUGGUGCUGCUCUGCACCUGCCUCAUCCUCCUGGUUAAGAUGCUCAACUCCUCGCUCAAGGGUCAGGUGGCCAAGGUCAUCCAGAAGGUCAUCAACACAGACUUGCCUUCCCCGUUCACCUGGGUCACAGGCUACUUUGCCAUGGUGGUGGGGGCCAGCAUGACCUUUGUGGUUCAGAGCAGUUCUGUUUUCACCUCGGCUAUCACCCCACUCAUCGGCCUGGGUGUGAUCAGCAUUGAGCGGGCCUACCCCCUCACCCUGGGCUCCAACAUCGGCACCACUACCACCGCCAUCCUGGCUGCGCUGGCCAGCCCCAGGGAGAAACUGUCCAGCUCUUUCCAGAUUGCCCUGUGCCACUUCUUCUUCAACAUCUCAGGGAUCCUGCUGUGGUACCCACUGCCCUGCAUGCGUCUGCCCAUCCGCAUGGCCAAGGCACUGGGCAAACUCACCGCCAAAUACCGCUGGUUUGCUGUCCUCUACCUCCUGGUGUGCUUCCUGCUUCUGCCUUCUCUGGUGUUUGGCAUUUCCAUGGCAGGCUGGCAGGCCAUGGUAGGUGUGGGUGCACCCUUUGGGGCCCUGCUGGCCUUCGUCGUACUUGUCAACAUCUUGCAGAAUCGGAGCCCCGGGCAUCUCCCCAAGUGGCUACAGAGCUGGGACUUCCUUCCCCUCUGGAUGCAUUCCCUGCAGCCUCUGGACCGCCUCAUCACCCGGGCCACCUUGUGCUAUGCCAGGCCUGAGCCCCGCUCACCCCAGCUGCCUACCAGGGUCUUCCUGGAGGAGCUGCCCCCUGCCACUUCCUCCCCCCGCCUGGCCAUGUCUGCUCACCACAAUGCCACCCGCCUCUAGGCUGCAGGCUGAGACUAUCACCCAGACAAGGGAAGGGCCUGGGCACGGAGCUCAUGGCAGAAAGGCAGAGGGCCUGAGUGUGCACAUGCGUGUGCAUGGGU